AUUUAGAAAUUGAGAGAGAAGAUACAGAAGAUAAGCUGCCAGAUACUGAAUGGGAAGUAGGGUCUAUGAGAAUCCAAUCAUGGACAGAUCAAAUAACUGUGAGAGGAUUGGUGGUGAGCAUAGUGAUUGGAAUCAUGUACAGCAUAAUAGCCAUGAAGCUCAACCUCACAGCUGGAAUUGUUCCUAACUUCAAUGUCUCUGCUGCUCUUCUAGCUUUUUUAUUUGUGCGAAGCUGGACCAAAGUGCUCCACAAGGCUGGUUUUGUAUCCAAACCCUUCACUCGCCAAGAAAACACUAUCAUUCAAACUUGUGCUGUUUCGUGUUAUAGCAUUGCUGUUCAUGGAGGAUUUGCUUCUUAUCUUUUGGGAUUAAACAGGAAGACUUAUGAGUUGUCUGGAAUUGGUGCUGAGGGUAACAAUCCAAGUACUGUUAGAGAGCCUGGUUUUGCUUGGAUGACUGGCUUCCUUUUUGUGGUUUGCUUUGUUGGCCUCUUUGUCUUGAUUCCACUCAGAAAGAUCAUGAUAGUUGACCUCAAAUUGGCGUAUCCUAGUGGCUUGGCUACAGCAGUUCUCAUCAAUGGUUUCCAUACACAGGGAGACAAAAUGGCCAAGAAGCAAGUGCGCGGGUUCCUGAAGUAUUUCUCUAUCAGUUUCUUAUGGGGUUUAUUCAAGUGGUUCUUCUCAGGGACACAUAACUGCGGAUUCGCACAGUUCCCUACCUUUGGAUUGCAAGCUUGGAAGCGAACAUUCUAUUUCGAUUUUAACAUGACUUUCGUGGGAGCAGGGAUGAUUUGUUCCCACCUUGUGAAUUUGUCUUUGCUCCUUGGAGCUGUUCUCUCUUUUGGAGUGAUAUGGCCGCUUAUCGACACACGUAAAGGAGAUUGGUUCCCUAACAAUUUAGAAGAGAGUAACAUGAAGGCUUUGUACGGUUACAAGGUCUUUCUAUCAGUUGCUCUAAUCUUAGGUGAUGGCUUGUACAGCUUCAUCAAGAUUCUAGUUUCCUCAAUUAUUAAUGUAGUUGAGAAAAUUAAGAAUCAUAAAAAGGGUAAGACAAGCCUUAAACAAAAGGAAAUCUUCCUCAAGGAUAACAUUCCCAUGUGGAUUGGAAUUGGUGGAUACAUUAUUUUCUCAGUCAUUUCCAUAAUUGUAAUCCCACUAAUGUUUCCUCAGCUAAAAUGGUUCUAUGUUGUGGUUGCUUACAUUUUUGCUCCAUCUCUGGCAUUCUGUAAUUCAUAUGGAGCGGGUCUCACUGAUAUGAACAUGGCACAUAAUUAUGGGAAAGUUGCUCUUUUUGUGCUGGCAGCUUUAAGCGGAAGAGAAAAUGGCAUAGUGGCAGGACUUGUGGGUUGUGGUCUUGUUAAAUCUGUAGUUUCAGUGUCUUGCAUUCUGAUGCAAGAUUUCAAAACUGCAUAUUACACUAGCACCUCUCCCAAAGCAAUGUUCAUAUGCCAAGUAAUUGGCACUGCAUUGGGAUGUAUAACAGCUCCCCUGAGUUUCUUCCUGUUCUACAAGGCAUUUGAUGUGGGAAACCCACAUGGAGAAUUCAAAGCUCCUUAUGCAUUAAUAUACAGGAACAUGGCAAUUUUAGGUGUUGAAGGUUUCUCAGCAUUGCCCCAUCAUUGCUUGCAGCUUUGUUAUGGGUUCUUUGCUUUUGCAGUUGGAGUGAACUUGGUGAGAGACUUUUGUCCCAAAAAAGUUGGGAAAUGCAUGCCAUUACCAAUGGUAGUGGCAAUACCAUUUCUGGUUGGUGCAUACUUUGCAAUUGAUAUGUGCUUGGGAAGUUUGAUUGUUUAUGUGUGGCACAAGCUUAACACAAAGAAGGCAGAAGCGAUGGUUCCAGCAGCUGCCUCUGGAUUAAUUUGUGGGGAAGGACUAUGGACUCUUCCUGCUUCAAUUCUCGCUCUUGCAAAAAUUAAUCCUCCUAUCUGCAUGAAUUUUCUUGCUUCCUAGAACUUGAUCAAACACAUAAAGUAAUGAAUGUCAUAACCAG